AUGGGUGUGAAGAUGCUCCAGUGUUUCCCGUUCUACAGACGCUGCAAAGAGCGCUGCAAGAGCCGGCAGUGCCCCCCGGCGGCAGUUCCCAUAGAGGAUAUGAAGCCGCGUUUGUCCUCGACCACCUCCUGGAGCAGCGACAGCGAGGGGGCGGGAAGCCUGAGUCGGGGGUCCCAGAUCUACUUUUCCUCCAAGGCCCGAUUGUCAUUUCGGCACCAGCUGGACAGCAACAUCAACGCUGUGGACGCCACCUACUGA